AUGACGAAAAUUCAGGAUACACGCAAGGCUCGCGAACGGUUAGCCCAACUAACCGGAACGUUGGCAUCAACCCACACUCGCAAGUCACAUGCGGUCCAGACCACGCAAAGCAUUGCGGAAAGGAUGGCAAGAGAUCCUGGCCUCCCAGUUCCAAAUCCUACCAUGUCUUAUUGGCAAGAUCCCGAGCAUUCGUUCGCUCAUCUGCAGUCACCGUCUCUGCCACAAGACUCGGACGUUGUGAUUAUCGGUUCUGGGAUCACAUCGGUGAGCACUGCAGAGCAUCUACUACGACUCGAGCCACAGCUUCGGAUCGUUAUCCUCGAGGCACGUUCUGCUAUCUCUGGGGCCACAGGGCGUAAUGGUGGGCAUAUCAAAGCGUCGCCCUGGGCUGAUUACCACGAUUUGAAACAACUUUUCGGCAAAGAGAGCGGGAUGAAGAUCAUCAAGUUCAGAAUGGCCCACCUCGAUGUCUUCUGCAAGGAGGCCGCUGCUCUCGGAGAUGCUGGCCAAGUGGGUCUUGUACGCCGCACGCAGGCUCUCAGCACUUCAUACAGCCCCAAAGCGUGGGAAGGAUCCAAGAUGAGGUUGAAAGACUUUCUAGACGACUUUCCGGAGGAACGAGGGAAAUGGGAGGCUAUUGAGGAUCGGGCAGUGUUGAAGAGCUUAGGGUUAUCUGAAAGCGCCUGUGGCACAGUCAGAGGACCCGAGGGAGCUGCGUGGCCUUACCGCUUUGUGGGCGCUGUAUUACAGAAGCUGCUACAUGGAGGACAUGUAACUCUGGAAACACAUACUCCUGUGACUGCUAUUGAGAGAAGCUCAGCACCAACACUUCCAUACAGCGUUCAAACCAUCAGAGGCUCGAUUCAGGCCAAGCACGUCAUUCACUGUACAAAUGGCUUUGCUGCGCAUUUAUUGCCAUCUCUGAAGGGAAAGCUCUGGCCAUUCAGGGGCCAAAUGACGGUCCAAUCCGUGCCCAAGAACUUCCCACGCCUCGGAGGUGAGCGUUCUUGGAGCACGGUUUGGGAGCGAGGAUUCGACUAUGUCACGCAAUCCCCUGGUCCAGAUGGCUACCUUUACUGGGGUGGUGGGCUCCUCCAGGUCCCUGAUGCUGCGGAACGAGAACUAGAUCUCGGAUGCUCCAACGAUGGCGAGCUGAGCUUCGAGUGUCUAGAUCGUCUUGAGACAGCUCCUGCUCGAGCAUUCCAGGAUGGGGAUCAAGCACAAAUUAUCCGCAAAUGGACAGGUAUAAUGGGUUGCACUGGCGACGGUCUACCUUUGGUUGACAGACUACCAGGCUUUGUGUCGGGACGAGAAGAGUGUGAUCCUAGGACUGGAGGCGAAUGGAUUGCAGCUGGAUUCAAUGGUUUUGGGAUGGUCAACUGUUGGCUGUCAGGCAAAGGACUCGCUCACCUUAUCACAGGCCGGGAAGAAGAAGCACGGCCCUGGUUCCCGAUAGACGAGUUUGCUUGUAGCAAGGAGAGGCUAGGGCAGAUGACUCCGGAAGAGUCUCUCACCUCGUUUCUAGCGGGACUUGAGACCUGA